AACACCACCAGCGGUGAUACUCGCACCUAACAACGAAGCCAUGGAUGAAGACCAGCCCAAAAGCAUAAGAUGGCUGUUCGUAGAAGCGGAAAGACGUCGUGACCAGCUCGAGAAGUCCUGGGAUUCCAACAGCACUGCCUACCAGGAAAAUCUCACGGCGGCAAUCGCCACGUACGAAGAAUGUUUGCGUGUAGCAGACCAGGUCUCACUCUACAGCCCGAAUGAGACACUCGAUGACAUCUCUAGCGGGGACUUGCAAUACAUGCCGCUCAACUACCACCUCGCUGAGCUCAUUCUAAAAAUCACGGGGGGCGACCGCAAGGCCUACAUCAAGCGGGCGCAAAUUUGUUACGAGAAGUUCCUGAAACUACUGGAUUCGUACGACAUGCUCUCCAAGUCCGACGCUAGGCUGCUGGAGCGCUAUCUCGACGCCCGCGACGAGUUUUCCACGGCGUCGACGACGGACGCCGCAGCCCGACGCGAGAUGAAGAUCUCGAGGUUCAAGGAGGAAAAGGAGCUGAAACGGAAACUAGAGUAUCUCAGACAGAACCCCACGGCGCUAGAAAACGACGAUGCAGCCUUGAGGCAGCUUCACAUGACUAACGUUGCACUAUGCGUUCACCAAGCAUUUCAGUCUCUAGAGUCAUGCGCGCAAGAGUUGAAGAUCCUUGCCUUGGCUCCGCCAGCACCACCUGCAGGACAGCCUCAGAACCCAGGUGACUCUCGCCAGGAAGAUAGAGGCGAUGCGUACUCUGAGCGCUUAGAUAACCCCCUCGUUGGGGGCUUGAGGUCAUCCGGCCCCAUUCUCAGUAGCGAUGGCAAGCCCUUGCGGCCAUUCACGUUGCUAGACAACCGACAGGUGUUGCGACAAGGCGUGUUCAGGCCUGAUCACAGCCUACCCACCAUGACGAUCGAUGAGUAUCUGGAGGAAGAGAAGCGAAGAGGUGGGAUUAUCGAAGGGGGCGGUGAGCAGUCCGGGAUCCGCCCUGAGCCGAACGAAGAUGACCUGGUUGCUGCAGAUGCGGAGACAAUGAAGGCGCGUGCAUGGGAUGAAUUCAAAGAAGACAACCCGAAAGGGUCAGGCAACACGCUGAACCGUGGCUGAUUAGGGAAUAUGACGUAUCUAUCCGAAGCACGUGUCUACGUAUGUUGUCCCACGCUGAAUGCAAGUCUAAUAGGAGACAUGCAGUCAUGAUACGUAGCGAGAGUGUAGCGAAAAUCUAGCGAGAGUGUAUACAUGUGUGACAGAUCAGAGCUUAUAUUUCCCUAGUUCAGGCCACUUCUGAAGCACGGCGGUGAUCAAAUCCUCCGAAAGUAGCUUGUAGG